AUGGGAGACCGCCAGGAGCAACCAAAGGAGAUUAGCAGCGGUGGCGGUAGCCUCGAGCUACCUCCAGGGUUCCGCUUCUACCCCAGUGAUGAGGAGAUAAUCACUUUCUACCUCAUGCCCAAGGUGCACCAAAGGAACUUCACUUGCACUGCCAUGGGAGAGGUCGAUUUUAAUAAAACUGAGCCAUGGGAACUGUCUGACAAGGCAAAAUUGGGGGAUAAAGAAUGGUACUUCUUCUACAAGAAGGACCGUAAGUACCCAUCUGGGACGAGGGCAAACCGGGCCACAGGGGAAGGCUACUGGAAGGCCACCGGCAAGGAUAAGGAAAUCUAUAGGGAUGUAGUAGGGCUAGCACUGCCACAACUCAUUGGCAUGAAGAAGACACUUGUAUUCUACAAGGGUAGGGCACCUGGGGGUGAGAAGACUGACUGGGUCAUGCAUGAAUUCAGACUCGAAGGUAGUAACAGGCUCUCCUGCCGGACAUCCAGCUCAACCUCCUCAACCACCAUGAAAUCUUCUAACUCUAAGGAUGAUUGGGUGGUUUGUCGUGUGUUGUACAAGGCCACUGGAAGUAAAAGGACAACUACACUGCCACAGUACAACCUGGACACAACUAGCCAUGGGACUAAUGAAAGAAGUACCCCUGUGGCUAUGCCGCUACAAUUUCCUAUGCUAUCGGACUUCACAAUGAAUCCACAGGUAUCCUACUACUCAACUGCUAGCGCAAGCUCCUCGUUGGUGUCACCUAUGAUGCCGCCGAUGCCAGACAUGGGCACCAUGGAUCUUCAGAUGAACAACACCCUAUUUAGGAACCCGAUGGCCAUUGUGCCACCAAUGUCCUACCACCAGAUGGGCAUGGGAGUAGCAAGCGUUGACAGCUUCAUGGCUGCACCGAACAAUGGGCCUUUGUUGAUGGUAUCACAAAACGAGAAUGAGAAUAAUCCUGAUCACACCAAUCCUAUUGAAUUAUCAUCCAUGGUGUCUGCAGUCCCAGAGUAUCUGGCCACCAUAGACAUGGAUAGCAUCUGGGAAUAUUGA